UUGCAUAGACUUGCCUCCAUGGACGAAUCCACGCCCCCAACCCUCACUCACUCAGGCAACAACUCAACGUCAAACACAGAGCAGCUGCGGUUCUAUGGUCCUAUGGAAAUAGCUGGGCUGUUCAUUGACUUGUUUGAGCCACUGCCAUCCAUGGAAAUAGGACCGCGGAGAAAGGACUGUCAACCGAAAGAUCUUCUGAUAAACUAUCUAACCAUACGUUAACGGUUAACGUUAACAAAUCUCUGCUCUGCUCCACCUAACUUUGCUACCAGUACACACACACCUGACAGUAAGGUUCCAAGAAUAUUUUUUUUUCGUGGAUCCUGUCGAUUUUCAUUCAAGUUCAUUGACUUGUUUGAGCCACUGCCAUCCAUGACGUAAACUAACAGUGCAGUUAGGUGACAGUGCCAACUUCUAGUGGUUUGUUUCUUUCUGUCGUCAUCGUUCUCUCUAUAGGGAAAGUUUGAGGCCGAUCUGACAUCCCCUGGUGUGACAGAGAAGAGUGAACGGUCCCAGCCCUGACCAAGCUCUUCAAAGACGCCCAAUGGAUUCCACUUGGCGACCACUCUCGACCUCAGCAACAUGGAUGCAGAUGGGGCAAUGCUCAACAUUGAGUGUGAUCGUCAGUUGAAACUAAAGGAGGGCAGCUAUGCUCAGAAUGUGUGGCUGAACUUCUCCUCUCUGCCCUUUCUGGACCACUUUUUCUCUGACACGAGUCUCCUUGAGGUUUCAGAGUCGCUCCUGUCCCCUCUGCUACAGGCCUCAGCUGAACAGUACAACACAGUGCUUCUCUCCAGCCCUGGUUCCCUGUGCAAUCUCUUGUUCCUCAACAAAAACCUGAAGAAUUCCCUGGCGGACUGUCCAGGUGCACAAGACAUGUAUUUUGUUCCCGUCACUGAACACAAUAGCCACGGUGUGGUUCAGCAGCAGUGUCAGCACAGUGGCUAUGGACCAGAUGGCUAUGAUAUCCCCCAGUCACCUACAAAACACUGCCAGGGGGAUCUCAUGUCCCAGUACAACCCUGCUGUCCCCACACCUGGCAUAGCGAGGCAGGAGGAGGGGGACACCAUCAGCACAGACACAGCUCUAGCCCAGCCAUGGACCAAAAGGACUAGGAGCCAAGGCCAGGAGCAGCCUGUGACUGCAAUGGUGGAAGAGGCAGUGAGAGAGCAGACACGGUGGCAUCUCUCCCAACAAGCAGCCCUGUUCGGACAGGCUGGGCGGAUCCAGAGGAGGCUCCAGGCUCUGCUAGGGGACCACAUCUCUCGCCACUGCAUCUUCCAGCUGGAGGGUCUAAAGAAGAGGCAGGGCAGGGAGACCCCGGGUCCCCCCUCACCCCCAGCUGACACCAAACCCUUUGAUCCAGCCAUGGGGCAGAGACCGACAGGCACACAGAGCCACAGGACACAGGGGCCUGCCCUACUGCAAACCUUCUCAGUCCCAUCCUCUUCUAAAGACAUCCAGGAGUUUGCCAGCUAUGCCCAGGCUGUAAUGCGCACGGUGCAGGAGGCUGUAGACUCUGAUGUCACAGAGAGCAGCUCAGAUGAAGAAUUGGAGCCUGAGCAGAAAUGGGGGACCAGGUCUCAACCAGUUAGGCCUGGGUGUGAGUGGAGGUGGCAGAAGGAGAGGGCUGAGGCGGGCAGCAGAUGGACCUGGCUACAGCUGCGUGUGGCAGAGCUCGAGGGACGCAUCCAACAGCUGGAGGACCUGCACAAACAGAUCACCUUCACCAAGGGGGGUGUGGUCUUGGCAGAAUCGCAGCUGUUGAUGGACAGGCAGAUCCAGCAGACGUUACUAACGGAGACAGCAGGGUUGUCGUUCAGGGCGGGGGAGACCGCUAGAGACGCUCCCUCCGACUUGGAGAAUGAACCCAGCAGCCCCACACGCCUCCUCAGGAACAUACAGAGACAGAGUGCCCAACUGAGCCAAAUCGUCAACAGCCUGAUGCCUCCUCUGAACCUCUCUCCCUCCUCCUCUCCAAUCUCUAAAGACUCCUGGAGGUGGAAAGGACAGACCAAGAGAGCCUUCAGCAGGGGCCUGCUCCUGGGAGGAUGUGACCCCUUCUCCCAGAAGGGACCCAAGAGGAGGAGAGUGAACCGCAGGAGGCCGCACUUCCUCCAAGUGGAUGCCACCUGUGUCUCAGCCCGUACACGACCCCUGGUGACCUAUCACAAACCUCGACUCUUCAUUAACACCACCCACAGACAGCAGGACUCAGCCUCCCUCUCCUCCUCCCUCUGUCCCACCUUUGUGUCCUGUGACCCCCUGGCCCUGUGUUCUGACCCAGCCUGUUCCUCCGGCAGCACCCUGAUCUCCAGGACCAGUGGCUUUAGGACACUCCCUGUUCUCUCUCUCUCCUCAGAUAGCCUUCUGUCCCACCACCUCCAGAACGCUGCCCUGCUCAGAGAGGACUGGGUCCAGCGACCUCUACUACCGGUCAAGACAGAGUCCAGUCAUGUCUACUACCACCACAGCUAUAUGGACAGGGGACACACUUCUCCAUCAGGGUUCAAUUGCAGCCACAAGCAGCAUGGGAGGAACCGGAGGGGAGUGGCCAGGGGUGUGUCACCUGUCAGAUGGGCGGGCUCUGCUCAGACCCCACACAGGAAGGCUUAUUGUGGAGGGAGGAAAAGGAGACACACCCACAAGACCAUAGAAGGUACACUACAUGACAAAAAUGAGGAGGACCUCUUGUCUCAGCUGUCAGACCCUGAGGACAGUCCAGAUGAGAGCCUGGAGGAUGCUGUUACACCCCAGACCUCACACACACACAAACAGGAUCCAAUCUGCAGAUGUCAGGGAGAGAGUGUUUACAACAUUGACAACAUCGUCAUCCCCACGUCCCUAGCUGCCACUACCAAGGUGGAGAAACUUCACUACAAAGACAUUAUAACUCCCAGCUGGAGAGUGGUUGAUAACCCACCCCUGGAAGAGAGAGAGAGACAGGAAGAGGAGGAGCUGCUGUGUGACGAGACCUUUUCCCAGAGGCAUCUGGGGUGUGAAAAGAGAGAGAAACUCCGCUGGACCUCCUGGGAUGAGAGCAGAUGCUACAGACGCACCACCAGAUCUGGCAGUAGGAACGAUGGACCAGGUGUUUCUGUAUGGGACUCUGUCAGGGAUGACAUCAGAGGUGACAUCAGCACUCACGUGGACUGGAGCUGCAGUCUGGACACGGACACAGACAGAGCCUUAGAGGAGUGGGUGCCACGACUCCCAUGGGAGAGUCGUGUGUUCCCGCUGUGUGAGGAUGAGGCUCGCUGGGAGGAGAGGGAGAAGGCAGAUUCCACCAGCAGCACAGAUGACAGCAGCAGCUCUGUUCAGUCACCCCCAUUCUCAGCCCUGUCCAGUACAUCACCACCACCUGCUGGAGACAAUGAGAACAACACCCUUACCGCAGUCCCCUGAAAUGACUUGGCUUUACCAUGGCACAGAUCCCUUCAGGAGUUUAGGAGACCCAAAGGGACCCAAAGGGACAGAGAUACAAGAGGAGCUCUGAACUCCCUGGAGUAGAUGUCACACAUAAUGUGUACCUCAUUUUAAUGUACACUUGCUACAUUUCCUAAACACAGUGAUAUUUUAUUUGGAUUCAAAUGUUUUGGAGGAGUGUUUUAUUUAUUUAAAACAUUGUGAUUUGUUUUAUUCCUUUCAGUUCCUCUGCUGUAUUUUAAGGUUUUGGAUGGGAUUGUGUUGGAUAUUCAACAUGUACACAUUUAACAUUUUUAAAGUUACCCUGACCUGCAUUCAUAUUGAAGAUCUGUGUACUAGUGCACAAUCGAUCGUAACCUUGGCUGACAAUGUACCACAGUAUGUAAAUAGUUGUUGCCUGGUAUUUAUUUUACAUGUCUGAUUAUGCAAUUUAACAUUGUAUAUAACAAAAUGUCCCUGUUUUUGAAAGGAAAGC